UGACGGGUCGCCUGCUGGAAUUUGACGUUUAGUUAUUAUUUAGGAUACUGUUAUAUACCGUGUUUACGUAAACAUGACGGGAAUAUUGCCGAGUUACCAGCGAUUUGUUAACGGGGUACCCGUGCCGUCCAUCUCGAGACGCUCUUUCCGUCUUCGUGAAAAAUAUUUGAUUAUUUCUGUUCUCCUGACAUUUGGUAUCGUGUGGCUAGGUGCACUCUUCUAUUUGCCAGAGUUUAAAAGUUCCACCAGUGUGAACGACAGUGUUUAUAAUGUGUACAAACGCAUCCAAAAAGCUGGUCCAGAGCUCCUUAUGCCCCCUCCUCUCGCCCAAAAUGAAGUUGGGGACUUUCCUGUAGUGGGAAUCGCUCGUCAUGGAGAAGAGGGAGACGAUCCUCACGUUGUUGAGGACAGAAAUCGUUUACGAGCAAAGAUAGAUGAGGACAUGGGUAUGAAAGUUCUAGAGCGACCUCAGUUUGACGUUGCACCAUCUGGUUCAUCAUCUAAAGGGCCUAGCAAACCUCCCGUAGAUGCUAUUGAGGAACCUGCACUAGGUAACAAUGCUGCUAACAAGAAUGUGUCGCCGUUUGACCGGAAGGUGGAUAGUUCAGUCCAGAAGUAUGUGUUACCAGCCUUAGAUCCAAGUGCAGAUAUAGAAAUCAGGCAUAAACGGGAUACUGUUAAAGAGAUGAUGCGUCACGCGUGGAACAACUACAAGCUGUACGCGUGGGGCAAGAACGAACUGAAGCCCAUGUCCAAGCGCGCCCACCUGACCAGCGUAUUCGGAGGCGGCGAGCUCGGCGCCACCAUCGUCGACGGCAUGGACACACUCUACCUCAUGGGCAUGAAGGAUGAGUUCCGGGAAGGAAGGGACUGGAUAGCCGAGCAUUUCCAUAUCAAUGAAAUCGACACAGAUCUGUCGGUGUUCGAAACAACGAUUCGCUUCGUGGGAGGGUUCCUGUCGUGUUAUGCGCUGACUGGCGACACGGUGUUCCGAGACAAGGCUGCGGAGGUGGCCGACGCUCUACUGCCAGCAUUUGACACGCCCACUGGCAUACCCUAUGCCCUCAUAAACCCAUCAAAUAAGGUAAAUCGGCAAUAUCACUGGGCGGGCGCGAACAGUAUACUCUCAGAAGUGGGAACAUUGCACAUGGAGUUUACUUACCUGAGUGAAGUUACGGGAAACGACAUAUACAGAGAGAAGGUGGAUCGCAUCCGUGAUGUGCUACACAACAUUCAAAAGCCGGACGGCCUCUAUCCUAAUUACAUCAAUCCGCGGACCGGGCUGUGGGGCCAAAGGCACACGUCACUCGGCGCAUUAGGUGAUUCUUUCUACGAAUAUCUGCUAAAAGCGUGGCUUGUGACCAACAAUGAGGAUGAGCAGGCUCGCAUCAUGUUCGAUGAAGCGAUGCAGCCGGCACUUGAGAAAAUGCUGCGUACCUCAAACUCAGGCCUAUCAUAUCUCGCCGAGGUCAAGUACGGACGGGUGUACGAAGAGAAAAUGGACCAUUUGUCUUGCUUCGCGGGGGGUAUGUUCGCAUUAGCGUCGACAACGCUGCAGAACACGUUGAGCGAUCGCUACAUGGAUGUGGCUAAAAAACUCACGCACACCUGUCACGAGGCCUACGACCGCGCGGACACCAAACUGAGUCCAGAAGCCUUCCGGUUUUCGGGUGCAGCGGAAGCGCGGGCGAUGAAGAGCAACGAGAAAAUGUAUUUGCUGCGGCCAGAGACCUUCGAGAGCUACUUCAUCCUAUGGCGCCUCACCAAGGACCAAAAGUACCGCGAUUGGGGGUGGGAGGCUGUGCAGGCUCUUGAGAAGCAUUGCAGAGUUGAAGGUGGGUACACGGGAUUGGUCAACGUGUACCAUUCGACGCCGCUUGGGGACGACGUGCAACAAAGCUUCUUCCUCGCUGAAACACUCAAGUACCUGUACCUGCUGUUCUCCGAUGACAGCCUCCUGCCGCUGGACGAGUGGGUGUUCAACACCGAAGCUCAUCCCUUCCCGAUCAAGGACAAGAACCAGCUCUACCGCGCCGCCAGCAAGCCCGCAGUCGUGAUCCACGAAGACAACACACUUUAAAAUUCAAUAUAUCAGUACCGUCAGACACGUCAAUUUGGCCGUUUUUGGGAGACAAAUACAGCAUUUCUUUAGUUUUCCCAAAAGAAAAUGUUCCUAGGGUAGUAGUUCAUGAGACUUGUAUUAUAGGGUUAUUUGUAAAAAAAAAAAACAGUUGUUAAUCUUUCUUUGUAUACUAAACUAGCUGUUUACCCUCGACUUCUCGCGAGAAAGUUUCCAGUCUCAUCACUAGGAUGUAUCAUCUUAAGUGAAGGUUUUUUUAUUCGAAACUACACCUUAAAACCGUAACAGAAUUGUUGUGAACAUUAAAUACAUCUUGUUACGAAAAAAGGUUACCAGUUUUUAAGUCUAAAUAAAAAAAACGUUUAUCAUUAAACAUUUUUUUUUUUAAACACAGACAUAUUCAGUGAAUAUAUCGAGACUGACAAAUAAAAUUUAUUCCAAAGGAAGCUUGCUAAACAUACAAAUUUACCUUCUUUUCUAAAAUUUUCGAUUAGUCGAAUGCGCUAAUUCGGCGGAAUAAAUACGAUAUUUUCAUUAAAGGAUAUGUAUUUAAAAAACUAUAUAUUUAUAGAAUUAAAAACUGGUAUGCAUAUAUAUGUUUUUCAUCGCAACUACGAUGCGAGACAGUCGACAAUAUCACACUUUUUACACAAAAUAGCGGGCAAGGGUUAUUAACAAUGUUCUAGUGUUGCCACUUUGUGACUAGUAUUUACCAACAGAUUUCGAAUUUCUCCCAAAAACGGCCAUACUCUCAAAAAAGUUUAACAAUCUCAGAUUUACGGACCUAUCGACGAUGGCAAAGCUAAAGUCCAUUGAUGGAGUUUUUAAAUCUGACGGUACCCUAACCACUAGUUUUUGUAUUUUUCGAAAACGAAAUUCGAAAUCGACUUCCUUCAUUCAUCUAUGCGCCGCUAAUGAAAACCUUGUGAAACGUAGGGUGUACAAAACGUUACCAAAACUCAUGAAAACCAUUACAGUUUUCGGAAUGUUCAAAUUCGUACUAGACUUUAAAGCUUAUACAGCGUGUAAAUGAAAACCGAAAUAAUACUUCACAGGCUUUAGAGGUACAUUAUGUACUGUCUCUGAGACUU